CAUUUAGUGCUCACUACUCGGAUCCGAGUUGGGAGGGGGGAUAGUAGCGGUGCCGCGCACUCGGAUCCGAGUGACCGGCCUGUGCAUUUUGUAGUAGUCAGUAAGCCGCCGGCGUUUGAGGUGAGUUUAUGUUGGUUUGCGCGACCGCUCUGAAACAUAUUCAACUUACGAAAACGCGUAUUGGUUUCAUUAUAACAGUGUAAUUGUGACUUUUACACACGAUCGUAUCAAAGCUAUUUUUGCACUAAAAUGGACAAUAAGGCUGGACCGUCUGGAAGUAAAUCUACGAGUAGUUCUAGAAAAAAGCGUCGGCAAAGUGAUGACUAUGAGUCUGACUAUAGUGAUGAGGAUGUGUAUUCUCAAAGAGCUGAUGAAGACUCUUCAAGUUCAGAGGACUCUUCUAGUUGCGGCAGUGAUGAUAGUAUCUUUGAUACUAGACUGAAGCAAAAGACGACCAGCCGUGUACCACCAGCUCAACCUUCAAGGUCAUCUGCCCCAAAGACGACAAGCCAUAUACCACUAGCUCAACCUUCAAGGUCACCUGCCUCAAAGACAGUCAGCUGUGUACCACCACCUCAACCUUCAAGUUCAUCUGCAUCAAAACGUGGUUUAUGUGAGUCAGAUGGAAGGGCUAUCAUUCAAUGUAAGCGAUUAAGACCUUCAUUUAGGGAUGGCCCCACGCGUAAUAAUUCUACUCAAUCGUUGAAGUUACCAGAUCUAAAUAGUUCCUCAGCAUCGAAGUCAGCGCCUCGACUACUGGAAUUUGAUGGAGACGGUAGCUUUGAAUUCAAUUCUGAAAUUGACUGCCGUCCUACAUCGCCGAAUAUCGUACAGGACUAUGGAGAUUUUUUGCCGGAUAUACCAAUUAACCCUACCAGUUCAACACCUAGCGUAUCUCUUCUGAGAUCCGAUGCGAUCACCCCCAACCUUUCGCCAGAACGUGAUGACGUCUCUCCAUCAAUUAUGGCUGUUCGGAGAUCUGGAAGUCGUACUCCAGACUUACCCGAUGAUUUUUAUCUAUCACCCAAUAACUCACCCUCUGGUCAAGGAGCCACUACCACCUGGAGCAGUGAUCCAAGCUCCAUGAAAAGCUUAGAGUUUACUAAGGAACAGGAACUCUUAGUGCCGCCUCCAACUGAUCCUUACGAAGCAUUCCGACUAAUGAUUGAUGACGAGUUGUUAGAUCUUAUAGUUCGCGAGACCAACGCGAACGCAAUAAGAGUCGGUAAUGCACAAAACGUCAAACAAAACUCCAGAAUAAAAUCUUGGAAAGAUUUAACAAAGGAAGAACUGCUGACAUUUUUAGGACUCCUUCUUCACACAGGAACAAUUCGACUAAACCGUUUAAGUGAUUAUUGGAAACGACACUAUUUGUUUAAUAUUCCAUGCUUCGGACAAUUCAUGUCACGAAAUCGUUUUUUACUUAUUUUACGAUGCCUACACUUUACGUCUGUAACCAGUGAAGAAGACCGUCUCAAUAAAAUCCGACCAUUCAUGGAUCAUUUUAACAAUAAAAUGAAAACUAUUUACUGUCCAGGUAAAGAGCUAUCAUUGGAUGAGUCCAUGGUAUUGUGGCGCGGUCGGUUGCUGUUCCGACAAUAUAUAAAAAACAAACGGCAUAAAUAUGGCAUUAAACUCUAUGUUUUAGCAGAACCAGAUGGUACGGUCUUGAAAUUUCAAGUUUACGCCAGUGCUAAUGAUGAGACAUCAGGGCAAGGACAUAGUAGUAAGAUUGUCUUCAAACUACUAGAAGAGAGACUGGACUGUGGCCAUCAUGUAUACAUGGAUAAUUAUUAUAAUUCUUAUGGCCUGGCUGUGAAAUUGCUAGAUCGACAGACAUACUGCACAGGAACGUUAAGAAAAAACAGGAAAGAUAAUCCCGUCGAAAUUGGCUCUGUUUCACUGGAAAAGGGAGAAAACAAAUCCUUGUUCUUGAACGGCGUUCAUGUCGGAAAAUGGAGGGAUAAGCGAUACGUUCUGUAUAUUUCUACAGAACACGGUAGUGAGAUGAUGGAGACUACUUCCAAAAGAGGAUCUAUAGUAGUGAAACCAAUGGCAAUCGUUCAUUACAAUAAUUUUAUGUCGGGUGUUGAUCUUCAAGAUCAGAUGUUGGCAUACUAUCCAGUCCAAAGGAAGACGCUGCGUUGGUACAAGAAGCUGUUUGUGCAUAUGCUGCAAAUGAGCCUUACUAAUGCAUUGCACUUGUACAAUACAUUUUCGGCGAAUGACAAAUUAAAUCUAUAUGAUUUCCGUAUGAAGAUACUGGAGAAGCUUUUACCUGAUCCUAAUGAUGUAAAUCGACGCAAUGUUUUGAAAGUGAAACACGAACUCACAAAAAUAGAAAAGACCCGGACGAGAGUUAAGACAGUAGGAAGAGUCACGAAACAAACUAUCGAAGUGGUCCGAAAAGAAUGCAAAGGUUGCAAAUCACAGAAAAAAAGGGUGCAAACAAUUUAUGAAUGUAAGCAAUGUGAAGGUUCUCCAGGUUUCUGUACAAAAUGUUUCUGCCUAGCACAUUCAUAAUUGUUUUCAUUAAAUUUUAUUGUUUUGUUACCUAUGUGGUUAAAAUUUUCAGAAUAUUUUUUAUUCCUUUGUACCUUUAUGUGAGUGACUCACCUUUAUUCUGUGACAAGUUUUCAAUUAAACUUAUAAUUAUUACGUA